AAUCCUGAACCAGUCCCUUUGUGAGCAUUAAAGGCUAGGUGAGCUUAUGUACACAACACGUCUGCUUUAUCAAACCAUGUGUGCACAGCAAACAUUGUAACUGGGUCUGGAGGAAAAGAAAAAAGUUUGCAGGAAAACACUUUUCUUCACUCAAGGCAGUUGGAUUCAAUGAAAGGUUUGACGUCAGGACAAAGGAAAGAAUGGAAGAUCCUGCGCCCUCAAGCUCCUCAUCCCACCUCAAAAGGGAAUCCAACGGCUCUUCUCAAGCAGAGGAAGUGAUGCACAUCGUAGCCGCUGUUGUGUACACCCUCAUCUUCCUGCUGGGCACCACCGGAAAUGGCCUGGUCAUCUGGAUAACUGGUUUCAAGAUGUCCCGAACAGUCAACUCCAUCUGGUUUCUCAACCUGGCCAUCGCCGAUUUCAUCUUUGCUGCCCUACGGCCUUUUGCAGUGGUGAGGGAAGCGAUGAGGUCCCAUUGGCCCUUUGGCUCAACUCUUUGCAAGGUCAACGGCUUUGUUAAGUACCUCAACAUGUACGCCAGUGUCUUCAUCCUGACAACUAUCAGCAUUGACCGCUAUGUUUUGGUCGUCCAUCCUGUUUGGUCGAGAAACAACCGGUCCACUAGAAAGGCCUCCAUCAUCACCAUAGUUGUGUGGAUCAUUGCAACCUUCUUCAGUGUGCCUUAUAUAUUUCUGAGAGAUGCGGUGAUGGAUUCAAGAGAUCACAACAAGACCAGAUGCGACUUCAGCUUCCUCGAUGACUCGGAUGAUAAAAGGAGAAUCAAUCUGGCUUUGUAUGUUACUCGUUUCACCUUUGGAUUUCUAGUACCCUUUGUGGUCAUAACCACCUGCUACGUGAUCAUUUGCUUGAAGAUCAAAGACAGAAACUGGUCCAAUUCAAACCGGCCCUUCAUAAUCAUUGUGGCUACCAUCGUCACCUUCUUUGUGUGCUGGAUGCCCUACCACGUCUUUAACUUUUUGAAGACUACCAACCUCCCGAAGCAGUUUCUCAAAGUUGGGUACAGGAUAUCCACCAGCAUAGCCUACCUUAAUAGCUGCCUCAACCCUCUUAUGUACCUUUUUGUGGGCUACAGUUUCAGGGAAAGGGGGGGAGUAUCUCUUCUUUCAGCCCUCAAGAGUGUUUUUGCUGAUGAACCAAACCAGGUAAAACUGAACUUAAGUUCUGAGAGUCUGCGUCUGACGCUACGUAAAAUGACUGGUACAUUCACUAGUAAAGAAUAAUUGUUGACAUUGCUCUACUGUUGCCAAGCAAGUUUCCCACCCUUUGAAAGGUCCAGUCCUUCACCAAUGUGGAAGCUUCAUUAGUCUGCACUACCUCACAGUAGCAGAUCGCUGUAAUUUUCUGAUUUCAUUUUUUAGUUAAAAUAACAGCCUAAACACCCAAGUCCUUUAUUUUCAACUUUCUAAAUAAAUGUUACUGUUAAACCCACGUUUAUUUUAGUAAGUAUUUAUUCACAAUGGAUCGGGACGUGAGAAAAUCCAGACUUUGCAAAGGAUUAUUGUGGCGUUUCAUGGAAUGUUGUAAACGUAGAGAUUGGUAUGGAUGUAUUUUAUUUGACCUUUGCUGCACUUACAUAAAUUGUUUGUGUUAAUUUUUGUUUCAAUUAAAAAAAAAGUUUUUAAUGACCUCUAAGGUUAACUGGCAUAAAGUCAUUGUAAAGAAGUAGCUGAGUUGGUAGUCUGAAUAAAACAGGAGUUUUAAAGUUGUCACAUGGCCUGGCAUUGGUCUAACGCUCUGCGUCCAGGUCUCUCCUGAUAACUACUUUAUUAAUCGCAUGAAUGAAAAAGUCAUGACUCAAACUGAUAACUCUUCAGCUAGACUAGAUGUAAUCUGCUAGCCACAAAUAAAUUAUGAUUAGCUGCAUGGAUUUCUGGUUGAGUCUACCAGGUUUGAUAGGAGGCUGUGUAGUCCAGUGGUUAAAAAAAGGGCUUGGAACUAGGAGGUCCCCGGUUCAAAUCCCACCUCAGCCAGUGACUCAUUGUAUGUUAACCUCAGCAAGUCACUUAACCUCCUUGUGCUCCGUCUUUCGGGUGAGACGUAGUUGUAAGUGACUUUGCAGCUGAUGCAUAGUUCACACACCCUAGUCUGUAAGUUGCCUUGGAUAAAGUAUACUGCGUAUAUUUGCCAUCUGCUAAAUAAACAAAUAAUAAGAAGAAUUUAAUUCCAUAGCUGAUUAAUGAUCAGGGUACAGUACAUCAGAUGACAUGCACUUGAAUAUUCAAGUUGUAUUUGUGUUUGUCUUCUGAUGUACUGCAUACAGUAUUGUACAGUAAUUGCACGACUGGCAUACUUUGUGAAAAAGAAAUACCACAUUGCUUUGCUACCACAUGUGACCACUGAAACGUAUUGUUAAAUAAAAUUUUACAAAAAAAAUCAUUUUGGGUGUCCAUUUAAAUUUAGCUGCAGGACAAAAAUUAUUAUUAUUAUUUGUUUAUUUAGCAGACGCCUUUAUCCAAGGCGACUUACAGACUAGGGUGUGUGAACUAUGCAUCAGCUGCAGAGUCACUUACAACUACGUCUCACCCGAAAGACGGAGCACAAGGAGGUUAAGUGACUUGCUCAGGGUCACACAAUAAGUCAGUGGCUGAGGUGGGAUUUGAACCAGGGACCUCCUGGUUACAAGCCUCCUGAUUACUAGCCCCUUUCUUUAACCACUGGACCACACAGCCUCCUAAAUAUAAAACAUUAAAUGUUUAAUAGGGGCGUACCGAUACUUGUACUCAUAAUUGCCUUUAAUAAGAUUUUAUUUGCAGGUAUUAAAUAAAUAUGUUCAUGUCCUUCCCUCACCUUUACAACUGAACACCAAUCAAUGGCAAUCAACUUCCGUAUUGAGUGUUUUACAACCCGAUUGGAACAGAAUUUUCCUCUCAUCCGGAGCGCUGACAUUUUUACUGCUGUACCGAAACUGUAAACUAUUACCUAAAUAAAUAAAAGAAAACAGGUUUGUUCUAAAUUCUGGGUGUGACAAAAAUGUGCCGCUAAUCAUUGUAUAUCUCGAGUUUAAUCAUUUGUUUAACAAAUAGAUGAAAUUCUUGCAUAGGAAAACAACAGUUUAAAUAUGAAACAAUCAUUCAGCACUUCUUUUCCUCAACUUGCAUUUGAUGGGACAGGAAGCCAGUUCUUUGCAUCAAGAGUUUUUCUUUCUCCGGAACAACAGGACACAAUACACCUGCAGGGGUAAGGUUUGUUUUUAAAAGGUCACUUCUGUUUUUUGACAGUAAAUAAUUUCAUUAUUAUCAGUCCCGUACAGCAGGAACUAUUUAAUGGCCCUGUAAAUCUUGACUUACCUGAGAAGAAGAAGUACAGUUUGUGAAAACAUCCCUGUAUAAAGGAAUGCAUCAUAAAAAUAGCACAGAUGUACCUGAUUAUAUAUCAGUUAUAGCAUACGCUAUUUAAGGAGUGUUUUUCGAAGUUACAAGCUGAUAUUUUAAAUACAUGACAAACGGCCCGUUAUAAAAAGCAUUAUACAGCCAAUAUACAGUAUAUUGUAGUUAUUGUAGUAUAUAUUGUAGCUCUAAAAUAGUACAUGCUUUAAAGCAGGCCUUUCAGAGUACUGUUGCUGGAAAUUAAAUAGCAGAGAACUGUGGCAGGGUGAAGGAUGCAGGUAGCAACAAACAAACUUUGAACGCUCAGACUGGGUAUAAAUAGGGGCUCCCAAGGAGAAAAAUGAAAAAAAAAAAAACACCAAUCAGCUGACGAUACAGAACAAAAACAAAGGAUGUCUGUUUCGAGAAAAUUCAUAUUCGGAGCCAGGAAAGAAAUUAACUUUUCUGAUACGAAUGUUUUGUUGUUUAUCUAUAGUAUGAAACAACCACUUCUGUGAAA